AUGAUUCGUGGUAUUUUACUAAUCUUAUUCGUCUACGGAGUUGAUCUUGGUAAUGGUCAUCCUCAUUCUGAAGAUGUAAUGCUGCACCUAGAUCAUGAAUCUCACUUAUACCAUCAUAUCUUGGAUCAUUAUAUAAAAGAGUUAAGGCCCGCCUCAGCUAUUAAUGAUACCGUUAUUGUGUCUGUUGAUGUUUCUGUAACUAGUAUACAUGGUUUGGAUGAAGAUAAGGAAGAAAUGAAGUCCUCAGUUGCUUUAUCUAUCGGUUGGGAUGAUCCAAGACUAUCUUGGAAUACUUCCGACUACGACGGGUUACAUUCUUUUACCAUACCAGCUUCGAAAAUUUGGCGACCAGAACUAAAACUUGUUCAUUCACAAUAUGGUUCCUUUCAACAUUUUGGUAAUGAGUAUGUUACUAUUCAUUACGAUGGAAGCGUUUAUUGGUCGUCACAUGCUAAAAUACGAAGUUAUUGUCCGUUGAAUAUGGCUAAUUUUCCAUUUGAUAGCCACGUUUGCCAUUUAGAACUUGCCGCAAAUGUUUACAACCAGCAACAAAUACAACUUAAAUUUUUCAAACGGGAUGGUGAAAUCGUCAUUAACGAAGGUGCACUUUUAAGUAAAAAUUCACAGUGGUCUGUAUCUAAAAAAGACUUGGAUAGCCAGAUUGUAACUGUUAUGCACCCAGAACCACUUGAAGUUAUUGCUGUUACUGUUGAACUCUCUAGAAAGUCUAGCUUUUAUAAAUGUAUUAUACUGGGACCAGCAGUUAUCCUUGCUUUACUUGUUCCUGUUGUUUUCUUACUACCAACCGAUUCAACUGCCAAAAUCACAUUAGGUGGUCUUAUAAUGGUGACUAUGUGUUUAUCUAUGAAGACGUUGGUUGAUGUUAUUGGAGCUAAGAUGGCUACUGUGCCAAACAUAGCUAUAUACUAUUCCGUGACUAUGGUAUUGACAUCGUUCAGUAUUAUCAUGUCAGCGAUUAUCACCUGUAUAACAAGACAAGAAGCUUGUAGAAAACAUGUACCGGUUUGGUUCAGCCAGAUAUUUCUGGGAAGAUGUGGGUUAAGGCGAUGGUUGUGUAUGGAUACAUCUGUACCCGGAGAUCACCACUCGGCGUUCACUGCAAUGAAACACACAGAGAAUGAAUUUGCUGAAACCGACUCGGAUGUCACCGCUUUGAAAGAAGGUGAUCAUGACGCGAAAGAUAUUCCGAAAUCCGUUCGUGUACUGAUCGGGAAAUACCAAACUCAAAAUGAAAACAAAGGCCAUAGUUCAGAAUGGAUGGAAAUAGCUCGUGUUGUGGAUCGGCUAUUGUUCAUCUUAUUCUUGGCGCUUUUUCUCUUGACAACCUUAGCAUUGCUGAGCUAA